AACGAUACUCUUCCCACUUACCCUACCUCACAUCUUCAUCGUCCUUUGAUCUCUAAUUCAUCAUCUCAUUUACCCCCACGAAACUCUUCCUUUUAAAAAUUCAAAACUCCUGAGAUCUGUUUGUAGAAAACAUCUCGUUUUCAUCCCUUUCCGAUCACCGGAAUCUCCAAAAUGGGAAAAACCGCCGCGAACAGAGACUGGACUCAGAUCUACGCCAUCUACGGCAUCCAACAAUGGCAGACACUCGUCUUCCUCCUCUUCCACGCCUUCCUCUUCUCCCUCCUCUCCCUCCUCUUCCUCAUCUACUUCGACCAGAUUUGCUUCUUCCUCGACUCCUUCUUCCUCUCCGGCGCCUCCAGGUUCACCGCCGGCUUCACCGGAGCCGUGACCGCUCUCUCCGCGGUCUGUCUCCUCUUCGCCGCCGCGAACUUCGUCUACUCCGACGUCCCGCUCCAGUACGAGAUGGCUCAGCGCAUGGUCGGCUCCGUCAGCGACUGGUCCUGCGUCAAAACGGCGUUAGAUCUCGGAUGCGGACGCGGCAUCUUACUCAAUGCCGUUGCGACGCAGUUAAAGAAAACCGGUAGUUCGGGUCGGGUCGUCGGGUUAGACCGCUCUAAACGCACUACUCUCUCCACUCUCCGUACCGCCAAACUCGAAGGUGUGCAAGAGUAUGUGACGUGUAGGGAAGGAGACGUCAGAACGCUGCCGUUUGGAGAUAACUACUUCGACGUUGUUGUUUCGUCGGUUUUUGUGCACACGGUGGGGAAAGAGCACGGUCAGAAGUCGGUGGAGGCGGCGGCGGAGAGGAUGAGGGUGUUAGGGGAGAUAGUGAGAGUAGUGAAGCCAGGAGGUUUGUGCGUGGUUUGGGAUCUCUUACACGUGCCUGAGUACGUGCGGCGUCUUCAGGAGCUGAAGAUGGAUGAUAUCCGAGUCUCGGAGCGAGUCACGGCGUUUAUGGCCGGGAGUCAUAUCGUGAGUUUCAGGAAACCGAGUGAACUCGUUGCUGGACCACGUGAAGUCCGCCUUGAUUGGAGAUGAUGACGUGGCUUUUUUAAAAAACGGCUGUGUGUUGGAUCGUUUAUAAUAGAAGACGGCACGUAGUCCAAGUCCGGAGGUUUGAAACAGAUAAUUGUGGAGACAUAAUUGUGAUAUAUUAAUUAAUUAAUUACGACUUUACGAGUGUAAACUAGAAAAUCAAAACGUAUGUAGUAGCGUCUGGGGAGGCGAAGCGGAACCAGUUGGCAGAAACGCUGCGUUUGCGUUUUGAUCUUGUAUAUUUAUAUAAAAUAAUACUAGUAUUAUGAUGCUGAGUCCUAUAGAUAUAUCAUCUCGAAUCUCGAUCGGUGAACUGAAUCCGAGUCUCUUAUUACUGCGUUAGCGUUUCAAACGCUGGUCAGUGGUAAGCUUUCUAGAAUCGUGGAGAAAAGUAGCUAAGUAAUUAAUGCAACAAUGAAAGAAAAGAAGAGAAAAAUCGACCACGUUGAAUGUUGAGUGACAAUCAAGAAUGUCGUCUUGUAAAUAUCGUUGAGCAUUAAAUGUCUUGUCCUAC